GCGGGUGCAGAAGCUGAGCGCGUCCUGCCAGUGUCCGCGUGCGGCGGGCCGCGGUGACGACGGGGACCCCGGGGGUUCCGCGGUGCCCUCCGCGCCCUCGGUGCUGGGCGACGGGCGGCCGUUUGCCCAGUUGGGAGGAAACUGAGGCACGGGGCCUCCAGGACCCAGCCGGCUGCCUGCAGGGGCCAGCGACCAUGGCCGCGCUGUGGCCUCCGAGCUCCCGCCCCCUGCUGGGGGUCUGCACCUUCGUGUCCCUGGCCACCGCUGUCUUCCUGGGGCACGUCCUGCUCCGUGAUUUCUUGGUGGUCCCCCAAGAGCAGCGCGGCUUCUCCCGAGUCCCUGAGCAGCUGUAUCACGCUCGCCAGCAGGAAGCCCGUGACCCAGGCCCCCAGCCCACCACAGGGUACCACGGCAGUCCCCGAGCGGCACCCAGCCAGUGCGAUGUGCCCCCCAACAGCCGCUUUGACUGCGCCCCUGACAAGCCUAUCACUCAGGAGCAGUGUGAGGCCCGGGGCUGCUGCUACCAGCCUGCGAGUCAGUGGCCUCAGGUUCCCCGGAUGGGGCAGCCCUGGUGCUUCUUCCCACCCAGCUACCCGAGUUACAAGCUGGGGAACCUGACCAGCACGGAGACAGGCUACACGGCCACCCUGACCCGCACCAGCCCAACCGGCUUCCCCAAGGACAUCUUGACCUUGCGGCUGGACCUGCUGCUGGAGACAGAGAGCCGGCUUCACUUCACGAUCAAAGAUCCCGCCAACAGACGCUAUGAGGUGCCCCUGGAGACCCCGCGUGUCCGCAGCCGGGCCUCGUCCACACUCUACAGUGUGGAGUUCCAGGAGGAGCCCUUUGGGGUGGUCGUGCGCCGGAAGCUGGACGGCCGGGUGCUGCUGAACACGACGGUGGCACCCCUGUUCUUUGCCGACCAGUUUCUGCAGCUGUCCACCUCCCUGCCGUCCCAGCACAUCGUGGGCCUUGCCGAGCGUCUCGGCUCCCUAAUGCUCAGGACCAGCUGGACCAAGAUCACCCUCUGGAACCGGGACAUCGCCCCCGCGCCCAACGUGAACCUGUAUGGGUCCCACCCUUUCUACCUGGUGCUGGAGGACGGCGGGUCAGCUCACGGGGUCUUUCUGCUGAACAGCAACGCCAUGGACGUGAUCCUGCAGCCGAGCCCGGCCCUCAGCUGGAGGUCGACAGGUGGGAUCCUGGACAUGUACAUCUUCCUGGGCCCUGAGCCCAAGAGCGUGGUGCAGCAGUACCUGGAAAUCGUGGGCUACCCAUUCAUGCCGCCCUACUGGGGCCUGGGCUUCCACCUCUGCCGCUGGGGCUAUUCCUCCACCGCCAUCACCCGCCAGGUGGUAGAGAACAUGACCAGGGCCCGCUUCCCCCUGGACACCCAGUGGAAUGACCUGGACUACAUGGACGCCAGGAGGGACUUCACCUUCAACACGGACGGCUUCGCGGACUUCCCGGCCAUGGUGCGGGAGCUGCACCAGGGUGGCCGGCGGUACGUGAUGAUCGUGGACCCUGCCAUCAGCAGCUCAGGUCCCCCCGGUAGCUACCGACCCUACGACGAGGGUCUGAGGAGGAAGGUUUUCAUCACCAAUGAGACCGGGCAGCCUCUGAUUGGGAAGGCAGACGAGCGAGGCUGUAGCGCUGGGGGGGCCUGGUCUCCCCUCUGGCCUUUCCUGCAGGUGUGGCCCGGAUUCACCGCCUUCCCCGACUUCACCAGCCCCGCGGCUUUGGACUGGUGGCAGGACAUGGUGUCCGAGUUCCACGCCCAGGUGCCCUUCGACGGCAUGUGGAUCGACAUGAACGAGCCGUCCAACUUUGUGAAGGGCUCUGUGGACGGUUGCCCUGACAACGAGCUGGAGAACCCGCCCUACGUGCCAGGGGUGGUCGGCGGGACCCUGCGGGCCGCCACCAUCUGUGCCUCCAGCCGCCAGUUCCUCUCCACGCACUACAACCUGCAUAAUCUGUACGGCCUCACGGAAGCCCUGGCGUCCCACAGGGCCCUCGUGAAGGCUCGGAGGACGCGGCCCUUUGUGAUCUCCCGCUCGACCUUCGCCGGCCACGGCCGAUACGCCGGCCACUGGACGGGGGAUGUGUGGAGCAGCUGGGAGCAGCUGUCCUACUCUGUGCCAGAAAUCCUGCUGUUCAAUCUGCUGGGGGUGCCGCUGGUGGGGGCUGACGUCUGUGGCUUCCUGGGCAACACCUCGGAGGAGCUGUGUGUGCGCUGGACCCAGCUGGGGGCCUUCUACCCGUUCAUGCGGAAUCAUAACGACCUCAACAGCCUGCCUCAGGAGCCCUACAGGUUCAGCGAGACGGCACAGGAAGCCAUGCGGAAGGCCCUCAGCCUGCGCUACGCACUCCUGCCCUACCUGUACUCGCUCUUCCACCGGGCCCACGUCCUGGGCGAGACCGUGGCCCGGCCCCUCUUCCUAGAGUUCCCCGAGGACCCGCGCACAUGGACCGUGGACCGCCAGCUCCUGUGGGGGGCGGCUCUGCUCAUCACACCCGUGCUUGAGGCCGGGAAGGUCCAAGUGACAGGCUACUUCCCCCUUGGCACAUGGUACGACCUGCAGAUGGUGCCAGGAGAGGCCUUCGGCAGCUCCCCACGUCCUCCUCGGGCUCCCCUCAUGUCCGCCAUCCACAGCGAGGGGCAGUGGGUGACACUCCCAGCCCCACUGGACACGAUCAACGUGCAUCUGCGGGCUGGGCACAUCGUCCCCCUGCAGGGCCCUGGCCUCACAACCACGGAGUCCCGGAAGCAGCCCAUGGCCCUGCUCGCCGCCCUGACCGUGAACGGGGAGGCCCGAGGGGAGCUGUUCUGGGAUGACGGGGAGAGCCUGGGGGUGCUGGAGCGUGGGGACUACACGGAGGUCAUCUUCCUGGCUAGGAAUAGCACCAUCGUGAGUGAACUGGUGCAGGUGACUAGCGAGGGGGCCGGCCUGCCGCUGAGGAGGGUGACCGUCCUGGGGGUGGCCGUGGCCCCCAGCCAGGUCCUCUCCAAUGGCGUCCCUGUCUCCAACUUCAACUACAGCCCCGACACCAAGACCCUGGACAUCCCCGUGUCCCUGCUGAUGGGACAGCAGUUUGUCAUCAGCUGGUCGUGACCUGGGCUGGUGGUGUGCCGAUCCUGUACGGGAGGAGACAGGUUUCACCAUGGCCCCAGCGCCUGCGACCUCCUGGUCAGGACGUGUGGGUGGGCCUCAGGGUGAGACACGCGUGCCCCACGUCUCAUGGUGCUGCCCUCCCUCAAGAACCCAGAUCUGCCUGUGUGUCUACCUCCUGGGACCAGGGGCUCUGGGCCAGCAACACGCCUGACGGUUCUCUGCACAGAUCCCAUGGGCCGUGGCCCCAGGGUUGCGUGUGUGCAGUGCUGUUCUGGAAGGCUUACCUCUCCGAAGCUUGUCACUGGAAUGAGAAUGAUGUCACCCGCCCCCAGCUCGUCGCCUGCCCCCAGCUCCCCGCCCGAGACAGCAUAGAUGCGCUCCAGAUGAGGAUGUCGUGCCUGCACCCCGAGGUCACACCGUGGGCGGCUGUGCUGCUCUGGCCGGGUGAAAGGACAGGGCUGGGCGGCCACCGCAGCCUGCUUUCUGGGCGAUGCCCCCUGGCAGCAGGGGGAGCUGUCCCCCCGCCCCCCGUCUGAUGAGAGUGGGCCAGGGGAACUCCGGAGGGUUCACAGGACCCAGGGAAACCCUUGACCUUAAGUGCAAUUAUUAUUAAUAAAGGGGUCAUUGCAAUCAA